AUGGCGGCAAUUGAGACAGGUCUCCCAAAGGGAAAUGUGGCAGCGCUUGUAAACCGGAUGUCUCGUGCUGAUCUCACAAACAAGCUACCCAUCUCGACUAAACCCACAACAAUGCGACCAUCUGGUGGCCAGAAAUCCCUCCGAAUCGCCACUUUCGCCUAUGAUGCGGCGGAGAAAGAUGAGCUCGAUUUGUUGGUUGGAGACAUACUUGAGUUCAUCAAAGAAAGCGAAGACGGCUGGGCGAUCGGAAAGCGACAACGCGAUGGGAGAGAAGGAUUAUUCCCGACGAAUUUCGUUGACGAUUAUAAACAGGCCGUUUCCCCGUCAACAACGCGAGAAACGAUUUCCACUCAUCAAAUCGGCUCAACCACUUCAGACCUAAACCAAGCGCAAGCACAAGUCACUCGAUCGGCAACUGCUGCGAAAAGAAUCAGUCAAAGUGAAUCAACCCCGGUACCCAACGAGAACACGAUCAAUGGAAACACUCUACCCCAACCACAACCGACUAUCCCAACAACCACAGCAACUCCUCCAAAAACAAGCGAUGUUCAAGAAAUGGCUCGCGUUCUCUACACAUAUCAAGCCUCAAACGCGGAUGAGAUCUCACUGUCGAGAGUCGGCCAAUUGGUGAAAAUCGUUGACAAGAACCCUGACGAUCCAGGAUGGAUGCUUGGUGAGCUGGACGGAAAAAAGGGACUGUUUCCGGAGAAUUUCGUUGAAAUUGUCAAGGUCAGCUCAUCUCCAUCGCAAAAGCCGCCGGCUCGUCUGCCCGGCGGAGCACCGACAACACUGACAAUUGCAACGAAUUUGACCCCACCGAUCGUGCCGGCGAAACCACCGAAAAAUGUGCUCAGCAGCAGCACAUCAAACGUUUCGACUGAGCCAAUGUUGUGGGCGAGUCAAAGUGUGCCUGGAAGGCCAUCAUCGGCGACAACUACAGCCACAAAUCAAGCAAGCGGUCGACAAACGAGUGGUGGAGUGAAUGCACUGAAGAAUCAAUUGAUGCAACAGGUU